AUGCGGAAAUUAGUCUUCAUAUUAACAUUAUUCUGGCCUAGUAUCGUCUUUGGAGUACAGAUGUCAGAUGGUCAGCUAGAAAGGACGCUAGCGGAUAAACCCACCAUGCAACGGCAUAUAAAGUGUGCUUUGGGAGAAGGUCCAUGCGACACUGUUGGGAUACGACUGCGGACUUUAGCACCAUUGGUGUUACGUGGCGCUUGUCCCCAAUGUUCAGUACAGGAAACCCGUCAAAUUCGGAGAACUCUCGCGUUUGUGCAAAGGAAUUACCCCUGGGAAUGGGCUAAAAUUGUUAGACAAUAUGGCUGA